AAAGAAAAAAGAAAAAAAGAAAAAAGAAAAAAAGAAAAAAGAGGUAGAGGAAGAAAAAGAAAAGAAAACAUGAUAGAAUACCAUAAGAUUAUACAAUUGUUUUUAUUAUAAUUAUUCAAUAUCUAGAUGAGAUCAUGUAAAUGUAUACAAUUUAUUAUGUUAUUAUUAUAUAUAAGAUUAGAUAUAUUCAAUUCAACAAUUUAUUCAUCAUUAUCAUUAAAUUGUAUUUCAUCUACAUUAUUAUUAUUAUGCUCAUCAUCAACAUCAUCAUCUUCAUCAACAACUUCAAAUGUAUUCAGUUCAUCCAAGUAUAAAGCAUUACCAUCUAUAUCAUCGAAUACUUCCAAAGAGUUAUCAUAUCAAUCAUCCAUCAACAAAAUCAAUAAUAAUAAUAAUAAUAAUAAUAACGAUAACAAGAAGAAGAACAAGAAGAACAAUAAAAUGAAUCAUCAAGAUGUAUCAUUGAAACCAUUCAAUAAACAAAUUACUUAUAGACUUAUUGAAGAAUCUAAUAUACCACAAUUUAUUGGUAAUUUAAUUAAUGAUUUUCAAUUAACGAAUUAUUUAUUAAAUUAUAUAUUCAAUUAUUCAUUAUCAUCAAAUAAUAAUAAUCUAAAAAUCAAUACAAUCAAUCAAAGUAAACCCUUAUUAAGUAUUGAUUUAAUUGCUAAUCAAUAUCAAAUAAUCAAUAAUAAGAAUAAUAAUACUGAUCAUCUUCAUUAUCAUUAUCAUGAAUUACCACGUUUAUAUUUAUUUCCAUCUAAUCAAUGGAGUUCAAAAUAUUUUCAUAUAAAUUAUUAUAAUUUAUUUAAACAAGAAUUAAUACAAAUUAAAAAAUUAGAUCGAGAUCAAUUAUGUCAUUGGGAUCAUAAUCCUAAUAAUAAUAAUAAUGAAUUUAUAAAAGAAAUCAAUACAUGUUUAUGUUCGAUCAAUACAUGUUCAAUAAUCAAUAAUCAAUCAAAUAAUUCAUUUAAUUUACCUUAUUGUCAAUUUACAAUUACAAUUGCUAUGAAUUUAUUAUCAAUUGGUAUAGAAUUAAUGACAAUUCAUAUACAAUUAAUUGAUAUAAAUGAUAAUUAUCCAAUAUUUCAAUUAUUUAAUAAAUAUGAAUUACAUUUUAUGGAAGAUGCAUUAAUUGGUACAAAAUAUCAAUUACCAAUUGCUAUUGAUCAUGAUAUGUGUUUAUAUUCUAAUAUCACUUAUCAAUUACAAUCAAUUAAUCAUCAUCAUGAAAUCGAUUCAUCAUUAAUCAAUAAUAAUAAUGAUCAAUUGAAUCAAUCAAUCAAUUAUUUUAGUUUAAUAUUUAAUCAAUUACAUGAUCAUAAUCGAUUAGAAAUACAAUUAGAUCAUAAUUUAGAUCGUGAACAAAUAGAUAAAUAUGAAUUAAAUUUAUUAGCUAUAGAUAAUCAUUAUCAAUUGAAUGAAAUUAAACAUACAACUACUUUACCAUUGAUUAUCUAUAUACAUGAUGUGAAUGAUUGUAAACCUGAAUUUACUAUAAUCAAAUCAAUAAUCAAUAAUAAUAAUAAUCAUAGUAAUAAUAGUAAUCAUAGUAAUGAAGUAUUAUAUCAAUCAAAUGAACCUUUAUUGAUAGAAGUAUGUGAAGAUGUACCAAUUGGUUAUAUUGUAACAAAAUUUCAUGCAAUUGAUAAAGAUAUUGGAAAAAAUGCUGAAAUACAAUAUAGAAUAAGUCAGUAUACACAUUCUUUAACAAAAUCGUUUUUUAAACUUAAUUCUAUCACUGGUGAAUUAAUCAUAAAAGAAUCAUUAGAUCGUGAAAAAUCACCUUUAUCAAAUGGUUUACAUGAAUUAAUAAUUAUAGCAUAUGAUCAAGGUAUACCACAACGUAGUUCUAUUUUAUUGAUUAUUAUAAAAAUAUUAGAUAUUAAUGAUAAUUAUCCAAUGAUACAUUUAAUUGAUGAAACAAUAACAUUACAACAAUCUAAAUUUAAACAAUCAUCAUGGUAUUCAAUAAAUCAAUCAAAUAAUAAUAUGAUUCAAAUCAAUAAUCAAUUAAUCAAUAAAAUUUGGCAAUCUAUUAAUGAUAAUAAUAAUCAAUCAAUCAAUAUAAGUUCUAUUAUUCAUCAAUUAAAUAAUUAUUCUAUUCAUACUAAAAUGAUUGGUAAUCAACCUAUUAAUACAAUUAUUAAUAUUUUAAUAAUAAAUGAUCCAGAUUUAAAUGAAAAUGGUACAGUUUAUUGUUUCAUUAAAAAUCAAUUAUUGAUUUAUUCAAAAAUAUAUCAGCAUAGCAACAAUUAUAUUGAUCAUCAUUAUUAUAUAAAUGAUAAACAAUCAUUUAUUUUAUUGGAACCAUUUAAUUUUAUUAAUUUAUUUAAUAAUAAUAAUAAUCAACAAGAAUAUAAAGAAAAAAAUAAAAAAAUAAAUGAAAAAUUUAUAAGAAAAUCAAAAGAAGAAAGUAAAACAGGAAGGAAACAAGAUGGAAUGCCGGUUACUACGGUUACUACUACUACUACUAAUAAUAACAAUAGUAAUAUAGAUUCAUUUUCAAAUCACAAUAAUUAUCAAUUAAGAACUAAUAUGAUAUUUGAUCCUGAUAAAAUCACUGAUUUAUAUUUACUUAUUGAAUGUUCCGAUUAUGGUUUACCAUCAUUAACAACAAUACAAACUAUACAUUUUGAAAUUAUUCAUACAUUGAAUGAUAUACAUUCAUUAUUGAAUAUUUCUCAUAUACAAAUAAUAAAUCAAUAUAUUAUGCAUGAUAUAAAUUGUAAUUAUUUUAAUGAAAUACAAAAACAAUCGAAUAAAAAAUCAAUAUUUAGUUACUAUGAUCAAUUAUCACCAUCGAAAUUCAUUUAUCCAACUAGAUUAAAUCAUGUAUAUAUGGAAGCGAAAUUAAGUAUUUGUUUAAUUUUAAUGAAAAGUAUUCAAAUUCAUCAACAAUUAUUUAGUAUUAUAGUAAAAACAAAUUAUGAAACCAAUGAAAAUGAUCAAAUUAUAUAUGAAUUAAUUAAAGAAAUACCAAAUGAAAAUUCUUUUACUAUUAAUUCAACAUCCGGUAUAGUUAGUUUAAUUAAACAAUUAAAUUCAUCUAGAAACAUAAUUACAAAACAAUUAUUAAUUGAAGCAUCAAAAAUUGGUACAUUAUAUGAUUAUUCUAAAAAUCUUAAUUAUAAAAUACAAAUAUUAAUUAAUUUAACAUUAAAUUUCAAUAAUGAUUAUUCUAUAGAAAUGUUCUUAUCAAAUGAUCUAAUAAAAGAUCCUUCUAAUCUUGAUCUUAUUCAUAAUGAUCAUAAUCAAAUAAUAAUUUAUUUACAAAUGAAUCAAUCCAAUUCAUUCAUUCAAACCUAUACUAAUGAUACAUAUCAAUUCUAUAUAACAGAUUUUAUGAAUUUAAAUGAAUCAAUAUUGUCGAAGAUGAUCAUUUAUUGUAUUCAAUAUUCUUCAUCAUCAUCAUCAUCAUCAUCAUCAUCAUCUAAUCAUUAUGAUAAUAUAAAUCCAUAUUGUGAAUUAACAUUAAAAGUAUAUGAUUCCUUGUUAACAAUGAAUGAACAAGAUUCAAAAGAUUUUAUUUUAAAACCGGUCCAAUUUCCAUGUAAUCCUAAUCCUAAUCCUAAUCAUAAUCGAUCAAAUUUAUUAUGUCAUGGUUAUCAAAUCAAUAUUAAUCCAUUUAUUGAAUAUUCAUUAAAAAAUCAAUAUCUUUUGAUUAUUACACCAACUUUAAUCUCAUCAAAAUAUUCUAUUAAAUCAAUUAAAAUUUUUCUGUAUAAUAUAAAAAAUCAAUAUACAAAUAAUCAAUUAAUUGAUAAAUCAUUUAAUUUAAUUCAAUCAAUCAAUAAACCAUAUUAUAUAAUAUUGAAACAAAUUGGUUUAAAAUCACCUUAUUGUAUAACUAAUAUAUCUAUAUCUUAUAAAGUGAUUAAAGAUUAUAAAAUUAUAAAAUUAAAUCAACAAAAUGAGAAUAUGAUAUCACAUAGUAACAAAUUAAUUUAUAUAUUACGUCAUAUUUGGUUGCUACCCAAAAUAUAUUGGGCGGAUAAAAACUAUAGUAAUAAUAAUAAUAUUGAAAAAGAAAUGAAAGAUCAUUUAAAACUAUGGAAUGGUAAACCAUUUCUUUCAUUAAAUCCAUAUACUGGUAUAUUAAGUGUUACUAGACAAUUAGUGUUGAUGGAUGUAGGAGAAUAUAUUUUAUGCAUCGAUAUACAAGAUUAUAGUCAACCUGAAUUAUUUAAUACAACAUGUAUUAUAUUUCUUAAUAUAUUACCAACAGAACUUCAUCAACAACCAAUUAAUGAUUUACCUGAUUCUAUAUCAUAUAAUUCUAUAUCUAGAUCUUCUUCUUAUUCAACAACAUCAUCAUUAUUAUCAAGUUCAUCUGUACAUUCUCCUCUGAAUCCAUCCAUAUCUAUUAACCCUUAUAAUGGUAAUAAUAAUAAUGUAUAUAAUUUACCGGAACAAAAUAUCGAAUUACCCAUUGGAAAUAAUCAAUUAAUGAAAACAAAUAAACAUUUAUUAUUAUCUAUGAUACUUAUUACUAUAGUAAUUAUAUUCAUUAUAAUAAUCAUUAUAAUGAUUAUGAUUAUUAUUUAUCGUAAUAAAUGUAAAUCAAAAUUAAUGAAUCAAUAUAAAUCGAAUGUAAAUAUUAUUAUUGAUGAACAAAAUCAAUUAUUAUGUUUAACAUCUAAUCAUAAUGAAGAGAUACUACUUAAAUCAAUUAAUAGUAGUAGUAGUAGUAGUAAUAAUAAUAAUAAUAGUAACCAUAGUAAUCCUAGUAGUAGUAGUAUAAAUAUGAAUAGAAAUAGUAUAUAUAGUCAUAAUGAAAUAAAUCAUCAUUAUCAUUCAACUGAUAUUAUUCAAUUUAAUAAUGAUCUUCCUAUCACAACAAAUAUGUAUUAUACAAAUGGAUUACAUUAUGAAAAUAUGGGAAAUUUAACAAGUUCACCGGUUGGAUACAAUAUGAUUCAUGGAAAUGAACCUGUUUACAAUUGGAUGAAUAUCAUUGAAGAUGAUCAACAUUUAUCAAAUAUUCAUUAUACAUUUACUAAUCAUUCUGUUGUAAAUAAUUUUUAUAAAAAUUAUGAAGAUGAAAAUCAACAGAUUACUUUAACAGAAACAACAUCAAAUAUGUAACAGAG